UUUUUUAUAUAUAUUAUAUAUAUAAUAUAGAUAAUAUAUCAAUUUUGAAAUUGAAUAUCAUGGACGGUAUAUCAUCACCCCAAACACAAUCAUCCUCUAUUUCAGAUGAUAAACAAAAAUUUAAUGCUGAAGAAAUGACUACCAUCAUCAAAGAAACUGUUGAAAACACUAUUCAAGAUGCCGACUACUCUCAUAGCAAAGUACCUGCAUGGAACUCAACCAUUGUUGAAACCUGUUUGAAAAAGUUACGCGCUGUCAAUAAGAAUUACAAGUUCAUUGUGACCUGUGUUAUCAUGCAAAAGAAUGGAGCCGGGUUUUAUGCAGGAAGUUCUGUUUAUUGGGAUAAUCUUCACGAUGGAAGUGCAAGUUAUCGACAUGAAACGAAGUCCCUGUAUGCUAUCACCAAUGUCUUUGCCCUUAGUGUAUAGUUUUACCCCAUUCUUUUUUUUUUUUUUUUUUUUGUG